AUCCACCAAUAGGAGUAGGAAUACAGCUCCGGGUGCCGGCGUUGACCGACUUCUCUCGGACGUCACCAUAGAGGGUUUCACGCUGUACUUGCCUAAGGUGCGCUGUACAACACCUGGGGCAGUGGGUACCUUCGGUCACUAUUACGACACUGCAGUCGCUGUACGCACGUUAUCCUUUGAGUCGGUACCUGACCGAAACUCUGGUAGGCUCCGGCUCUAGUUGAUGCAGGAACGACAGUGGGAUCUCGCCUAAUCUAGAAGAGUGCCUUAUCUUAGUGGUAGGUACUACGUUAGGAGGUACCUAGGUAGGUAGGUAUUAUACAAUACAAUACUAAACCUCCUAUUGUACCCCGUAACUUCAGAUGCAGAUGCCAUUUCCAUUUCCAAAAGUCCACUAGCGCUUCCCGUCCCGUGUUAUCACCAAGUAACCAAGUACAACAAUAACACCUUUUCCUUUACUACCUUUUUUUUUCUUCCUUUUCACUCGGGUUUACACUCAAAGGGAAAAGAGGAAUAAGUCAAGCAGAAAAACAGAAAAGCAAAAGUCAACUAUGGCUUCCAAGAAGAACGAGAAGAAUCAGCUAUUUCUGGGUUUAUUUAUACACAGCAUCAACCUUGGCGAGCUGCAAUAUCUACAUGACACCGCAGUUUGCGUCGACAAGUCCGGCAAGAUAGUUGCUGUCGAGCAGCAGUGUGACCAACCCAAAGCCGAGGAGACGUUAUAUCCCAAACUAGGAUGGAAAGCAGACGAUACACUUGUCACGAUAGCAAAAGAUGGCCAAUUCUUCUUUCCCGGCUUCGUUGACACGCACAUACAUGCACCACAAUAUCCCAACGUAGGAAUAUUCGGAAAGUCCACGCUCCUAGACUGGUUGAAUACAUAUACCUUUCCUAUGGAAGCCUCACUCUCCUCGCUCCCCAAAGCUCGCAGGGUAUAUACGCGCUGCAUCCAGCGCACUCUUUCCCACGGCACCACCACCGCAACCUACUACGCCACCAUCCACGUCCCAUCUACGAACCUCCUAGCGGACCUAUGCCUGUCUCUAGGCCAGCGUGCGUUCGUCGGCCGCGUAUGCAUGGACAACCUCGGCCCGGACUACUACCUCGACGAAUCGCCGAGCCAGUCCGUGGCCGCCACGCAGGCCACCAUAGACCACAUCCGGAGCAUCGAUGCCUCGUUCGAUCUCGUCAGCCCCAUCCUAACCCCCCGCUUCGCGCCCGCGUGCAGCGCCGAAGCCAUGGCCCAGCUCGGCGCCUUGCACCGGGCCACAGACCUCCCGAUCCAGACGCACAUCUCGGAGAACGUCAACGAGCUGCAGCUCGUCCGGGACAUGUUCCCCGACAGCAGGAGCUACGCCGACGUGUACGACCGCUUCGGGCUCCUGGGCCGCCGCACCAUCCUCGCGCACGCCAUCCACCUGACCGAGCACGAGGCAGACCUCGUCGCGCGCCGCGGCGCCAAGGUCUCCCAUUGCCCGUGCAGCAACUCGGCCCUGACGAGCGGCGUGGCCCGCGUGCGCUGGCUGCUGGACAAGGGGAUUGGGGUGGGCCUUGGCACCGACGUCAGCGGCGGUUAUAGCCCCAGCAUACUGGACGCCGCGCGGCAGGCCGCUCUCGUAUCGAAUCAUCUCGCCAUGCCACCUCGAGGAGGGGCAAAAAAGCCGUCGAGUAGUUCUGACGAGCCGCCCUCAGACGACGACGACGACGACCGCGCACUCGCCCGGCUGAGCGUGGAAGAAGUCCUCCACCUCGCCACGCGGGGCGGCGCCGAAGUCGUCGGGCUAGGAGAGAAGAUCGGCGGGUUCGACGUGGGCAAGGAGUGGGACGCGCAGCUGAUCGGGCUAGGGCUCGUACCCGACGAGGAAGACGACCGACAACAGGAACAGGAGCGGGAUAGGGAUCCGGGGAACGUGGAUAUCUUCGGCUGGGAGAGGUGGGAGGACCGCGUGGCGAAGUGGGUGUUCAACGGCGACGACAGAAACGUCAAGAAAGUCUGGGUGCGCGGACGGCUUGUGCACGAGCGCGAGAGAUAGAUAGACCGAGCGGGCUAAGUGAAGCGAAACGGAACGAUACGAUACGAUACCCACCUACCUAGUGGGCUGUAGAUGUAAUAAAUACCUAAGCUUCUUUGUAGAUAGCCGGAUAGAUAGAAAGGUAGAUACUAGGUAGUUAGAUAGAGGUAGAAAGCGCUUGUGGUUUAGCUAUGCAGGUACCUAACCUGAUCCUAGGUAGCCUUAGGUACACAUUCCUACCAGGUAUACAUACUAAUACUUACCCAACCCAGGCUCUCUGCUUACGUACUGUAUUAGUUUGUUUGGUAUAACCCAC